ACUUCAUGAAUGAGUUGUUUACAGAGACGUAAAUUGGACCCAAGACUGUAGGCGGAUUCAUUCAUAUGCAGGGGUGUUGCACUUGGAGGGAUGCAUAAUACAAGAAUGAUUUGGGAUAGAUUUUUCAGUGGAACAAUGAAGUGAACGUUUUAAUCCCAUUUCAUAGAGUUUCUUUGAAAUAGAAAUCAAGAAGGGGGAAUAAAAGGCCUAAUUCAAUUCAUAAGGAACAGAUAGUACUCUACCCUACAUGUUCAAUAAUUGAAAAACCCUAUUCGGGAAGUCUUCACAAGUAGGUCAACUACUGGAUUAGGAGACGUGAUUUCCGACGAUCAAUCGAUUAAUCGAUUGUUUUUUCAGGAACUAAUCGAAUGGUAAAAUUAACAUUCGUCCCAGGUGGUUUGAAUCAAAAUUAAUAAAACGGCUGUUUUUCGACUCGCCGUAGAGCAAAUGUGACCAAGCAAUCUCCAAAGUCAUCUGGCCAUCGAUUUGUUAUCUGUUCUUGUUCUGUAGUCCGUCUAUUUUCGUUUUUUUGUGUGUGUCUUUGUGUGUUAGUACUUUUAUUCUUUUCAGGUCUUUGAAGGAAGGAGGAAGGCAUGUUUCAGCCAGCGUUCUCCUACGAUGGCAACGUCCUGAGGCUGGGGGAUUCAACGAGAGCCAGAGCCUUCACCAGACCAGAGGGAUUCAAGAUACGCCCAGCAGGAGACGUUGAGAAGGAGGCCAAGAGGGAGGUCCAACGCCUUGGUGGAGACCCAAGUCAUCGUCUGUCUGUGCUGGCCUUCUCCAGAGUGCAGUUUGGCAAGUUCCCAGGACAGACCUUCAAGUGGCUGGUGGAGAAUGCCCUGGGAUGGUGUGCCGAUUUGGUAUGCAGCUUGGAGCGGACUGGGGAGAAGUUUGUCCCAGAGAGUGACCAGUCUGUCAACAAGUUUGCCCUGAAGGAGUACCUCACAGCAUUUUCCGAAGGGCGUGCCGCUGUUGAGAAGAAGAGGAAUGAGGAAAGAAGAGAGAAGGGGAAGCGCCAGACAGCAGGAUGCAGCCAGAGUCUGAGUGGACCACCUCCAAUGACUGGAUCCAAUAAAGAUCAAGAAGCCACUACAUCAGGAACAGUGACUUCAACUUGCCAAAGAGCAGCAGUAGAUGAAGAGGAUAAGACAGAGUACCUCCUGACCGAAGGAUGGAAGCAGACACUACCAUGUCAUGACCACGAGUGGGUGUCACAUGCUUUGUUCAAGGAAUCCUCCCGCGGGAAGCCUGAAUUCGACAUGCAGAGGAUAACCCAACUUUGGUUCUACCCACCUGAACCACAGUUUGUCCAAGGCCAAGCUCCCAAGCCAGCACGUUACUAUGCAACCAAACUGCUGAUGUGGAUGCCCCACAAGCUUUGGGGAGUGAAGAUUCUUUGUCCCAACCAAGAAUGCAACUGUCAGGAGCUUACAUUAGCCGGUGUCUACUCCCACGUGCAACAGGUCGUUGACAUUGAUGGAUUCUACAACAUGGGUGCUGAGUACCUGGAAUGCAGAAGGUGUCACAAGAAGUUCAUCAGUUGGAGCAAGCCCAUCUUAGACCAACUGGACACCGUUCACCGGCUGUCAUUCCCGGUGGUGCUCACAUGCAGAGGUGCUUGUGACAAGAAAAUUGUUGUGAUGCUGCGGGACAGGACACUUGGCAACGGACCAUUCCAGAUGAUCCGCAAGCUCAAAGAGGUCCACACCGAUGCUUGGCUUGCAAAGACUGCCUUCUAUUGUUCUGCGGUUGAGGAAUUCUUCAAUGCCAGUGAGAGGGGCCUCAUCGAUCAACCAAACUGCCCACCACCACCCGCCAUGCCUUCUCUUCCCACGUAUCAUUGGCUCCUCACGGUGUACUGCAACGAUGUGCUGGAGCGCAUUGAUGAAGUGAAGGCUAGCAUCACAUCUGUAUUCGGCCGUAUUCUGAAGGUGGACUCGUCCAAGAAGAUCACAAGGAAACUGAGAGGCGAGUCAGCAGGGACUGCUGCAUGGGCAACCAACGUUGGCAACGAGUCUGGACAAGUUCUGAUGUCCGUGAUGACUGUUGGUGAGGGAGCCAGUCUCGAUGAGAUGAUUAAGGGCAUCCAGAGACGGUAUGCAGCAGCGGGCCAACCUAGACCAGAGCUUCUGUACGUGGACAGAGGCUGCUGUGGUGCGGACUCCAUGAUCUUCAGGGAGUGGCCAGACAUGCCUGUCCGACUCGACAUCUGGCACUUCAUGAGGAGGCUUGCUAGAGGAUGCACCAGCACCAAACACCAGCUCUACCCGUUCUUUCUGAGACGGUUGUCAGACUGUAUCUUUGCAUGGAGCGCAGAUGACCUGGAUCAACUCAUCGCUGCAAAGAAAGGUGAACUCAGGGACCAAUGCAUCGCUGAAACUUCUGAUGAGGUCAUCCUGAAGCACCUCGAAAGGAAGGAGAUGGCUCGACACUGCAGACGAGUGACCAGAGGAACGGAGGAGACUACCAAACUCAUCGGAGAUCUCUUGGCUUCCUUGGAUGGUGAGGGAGGACAUAACACACACGGUUUUCCCCUCUUUGACUCCGACAGAGUGUGGGAGAUUUGGGACUCACAGCAGAAGCACAUCGCUUGCAUCCAAGAUCCACCAGAGGUGCAGCUCUACACCAAGACAGGAGAGACGGUGAAAGGUGGCAUCACAUUGCCUGUGUACAGAUGUGCUAGAGGGUUAUCAUCAUUGGAGUCCUUCCAUCUCCACAUGAGCCGGUUCAUCCCUGGGACAUCGGCCAACAACGUCCACUUCCAGGCCUACCUUCUUGAGGGGGUACAUAGAUGGAACUGCGAUCGUGCAAGGGAUGCUGAAGCUGCCACUGCGCCUUCUCACGCAUCAUAUGGCACCUACAAUGAGUUUGAUGUCAACCGGUUGACCGAGAAGCUUUUCGGAUGGAAGCUCAACCCUUCACUGACUGCACCCCUGGAAUACACAGGGGAGCUUAUCGGCCUGGAAUAUCUCUUCAAUCAGACCAACGAGGAGCUCCUUCCCAUGCAUCCUGAUGAAGGCAUGGUUGAAGGAGAUGAUGAUGGCGAGGAGGUAGGACGUUGGGAAGAAGAGGACGUAGAGGACCCGACUCAGCCACCCCCAGAGUUUGGAGUAAGGCCUGCUUCAUCCCAACGUUCCUCGACAGUGUCAAGCCAGCAACCAGUAGCACAGGACGUCAGCACAAAACCACGGACAGACAGAUCCCACACGUCCAAGGCACCUGCAACAGUAUCGCGUGCUCCAGAUUCACCACCACCCACUUCCCCUGGGAUCCGGAGAACAGCACCAGCAACUGUCUCCCGGGCACCCGAUUCCCCAAGGGAUAAAGCCAGAGGCACACAAAGGCAUAAGCGGAGGUCCAGAGGUGAGGAGAGAAGUGCACAGGGAGCUUCUGCACCUAGACCUAGCAAGACUGCCCGCAGAUCUGUGCCGCCACCAAAGGAGAAACCACCUGCCUUGCCACCACUUCCCAUCCAAAGGCCUGUCCAGUCCCCGACGAUUUCCAACACAGUCGGUCAGGCAAAGAUGAAGGCACCAAUAGCACGACCAACAGUUGUUCUGCUUCCUGUACUGGCCGUACCAACAACCUCUGUAUCCACCCCUGCCCCAUCUACAGUCUCCUUCCCUGGAUUCCGGUCCAUCCAGCCUACACCUCCUAACUGGCGGGCAGCACAACCGAGUCCACCACCACCUUCAUCACUCCCGAAGUCCACCCAUUACAACAGGAAGCGCAGAGCACAGCAACGACGAGAAGGCCAGGUUUCAACCAAGGUGUACAAGCCCCGGAAAGGUCCGAUUGUUUGCAGCCAGUGCCAUCAACCAAGGGAUCAAGAGCAUCACACCCAAUAUUACGGCAGCUGGUAUUGCAAGAGAUCCCAGAACCAACCCUUGGCUGAGUGGAAGACAAUGAUGUCAGAACGGCGACUAGCAAAGUUGAAAGCUGAGGAGGAGAAAGCAAAGAAGGACUAGAGCAAUGUAAAUGAGGACGUAAUAUGUUCAUUAAGACGGCAGGGAACAACUUAAAAUCUCAAAACUUUUGAAAGAUAGUGUAUGGCCAGCAUGGACAUGUUGCUACAAUAAUACAGUACCACCACUUCAUUUUCGGGUUGCUGGCAACUAAACCAACGCCACCUACUGGAAGCAUCUAUGCCAAUGGGAAAGGGGAUUCAGACCUCCUGCUGGAUGAAAAACAAGACCUGUUAAUAAUAAUAAUAAUAAUAGGCAUUUAUAUAGCGCCAUCUAUCUAGAAAUAUUCUAUUCCGAGGCGCGUUGUUAUUAUUAUUAUUACCCCGGCUUUAGCUCGAGCUGCCUUUCAGCGCUCAUGCAUUCGAGAAUUAAUCCUGCCGGGUACCCAUUCACCUCACCUGGGUCGAGUGCAGCACAACGUGGAUAAAUUUCUUGCUGAAGGAAAUUACGCCAUGGCUGGGAUUCGAACCCACGACCCUCUGUUUCAAAGUCAGAAGACUUAUCCACUGGGCCACAACGCUCCACCUGUUACAGCGUGAUCACAAGUAUGAGGGCAGCUAGGUAUAUUAUGAAUCAUUGGACCAGUCAGGCACGAAUGACGUCCAUGUUAUAGAUUUAAAAGAACACACCUAUGAGAAACCGGGAGGAACGAGAAGAUACAGAACAAUGACAAUUGUUAAGAUUUGAGGAGAGAGAAAACAAAACCAUAUUGUAGAGAGAGGACCGUGGAGAGCUUCAUAGAUUAUUACAUCAGAACAGAUGAAAACAGGGUCAUACAUUCAUUGAAAAAAAAGGACAGGAUUUCCAGUGAAAGCCAUGUGGAAGAUACAGAAUAGAGGAAGCAUAUUAGAGGAGAGUGACAACAGCGGCAGCAGAUUAGCAAAGAUCAAGUGGAGUGUAGCGAGUAUUUCAGCAAUUUUGCAAACAAUGCAUUCAAUAUGACAACUACAAAAGCAGAAGAGAUACUUCAGCAGUUUCUGAGAAAUGGACCGAUGGAUGAUUGGCUAAAAUUGGAUAGAAACUCAUUUUCACCGCCACGAAGUACCCCGAGGAGCUCUGGUUCUUGUAAUCAUUGAGCAUCUCGAGUGGUGACUCAAGUUAUAUCGGCAUUCACGACGUCUCAGUGCUAUAGUACGAUAUCCAUGAUGGAUAAGCAUUGAGGACUUAGUGGAAUGUACAACGGACUUCGGUCAAAAUUAAACAUAUAAAAAAAAAAAUGUUGGAUGGGAUACAACAAAGUACUGUACCUUAGACAAGCAACUCCUAAGGUGACUAUUUAUUUUCCGAUCGUUCACGGGUAUCCUUGUGACGUUCCAUAUUAAAUAUGUUGAGCAUCACCUGCGAUGACCUGGUGGAAUGGUCUCUUAAAACUAGUGUGAUAAUGUCAACUAGUUUGUUUUUAA